UUCAAUAAACACAAGUAGGCAACUCGUAGUAACACAAACUAGCUAAUGAAUUUAUUUCGAUCUGAUACGUCGUUUUCGAAUUGCUUUACUUUCACUUUUAAUAAAGUAAUAUGUUUUUCCUAUUUUUAUUGAAGUGAGGGAUUUGUGUAGAUCUGCCAAACCUGUCAAACACCACAAGGACAUGGACAUGUACGCCUUCUGGGGUUAAAACUACGACUGAUGAUCGUGCGACUGGGCACAUUUCACUGAAGAGUCGCCUCAAAUUUCAGUCUUCUUUUCUCUAGUUAAAACAAAUCUUGGUUCUGACAUUCAGCAUUUGUUUUCCUUGGUCAUCUGUCUCAUGAAAGUAUUUGGCGACAAAAUGAAAACGGAAGUUUCGACAGCUGUGAAUUUUGUCACAAGCUUGCUCAGAACAACUGGGCUUCUAACUGAAGAUCAACUUCAGCUCUUCGGUCUGUCACUAGAAGAAAUACUACUUGACCAUUACCAGUACCACUGGUUUCCUCAGGCCCCUUGCCGAGGGUCAGGCUACAGAUGCCUUCGCAUCAACCACAAAAUGGACCCACUGAUAAGUAAGGCUGCCUGUGCCAUUGGACUCGCGAGAGAGCAGCUUUUCGCUUUACUUCCGAGUGAGCUGACUCUGUGGGUGGACCCUUAUGAGGUGUCAUAUCGGAUCGGUGAGGACGGGUCCACCUGCGUUCUAUAUGAGUCCGCGCCACCUCAGCCCAGAAGUACCGGUUCCACAGACAAAGGGGCCAACUACAAGAGGGACAUGAGAACCAGGCAGUCGAGCCCUUCCAAGGGGUUCAGUAUGAUGACCAUCCUAAGCUAACCAGUUGUGAAAGAUUUUGUAUCUGAUGCACUCACUCUAAUGAAAAUUCUGCCCUUGGUUAGGGCGUUAAAGAUUUGACUGCCUAAUGUUUUGUGUAUGACUUUACAUUAUGUAGUUUAUUUUUGUCCAUUACAGAAAUGCAGCCUAAACCUUUUGAAUACUGAUAGACUCCUAAUGUGUGAUAUUAUUAAAUGACUGGAUAACUCUGUGUGGUUAGCAUAGCUCAAAGGAGAACAGCCACGUCCCAGAAUUGAUGGCACAUUUGUAAUCUGUUUAGUAAAGAGAUCAGGUCUAAUUACCUUGUAACCUGGGUAUUGGACUUGAAAAAAUUAACUGUGGUUGAAAAGCUAUACUGGUACAGUCAUACUUAAAGAACUAAAGACUACAGGCAUAAAAGACUGUAAUACUGAAACUAUAAGAAAAAAAGACACUUUAAUACUGUUUUUGGGUAAACAUUUUUUAUAACAACUAAUAGAAAUUGACUUGGAAUUUUGUUAUAGCCUGUGCCUAUGUUGCUUUUUUACUAAAUUUCUCUUAGUGCUACUGAUUUCUCCACCUCUGUGUCUUGUUUUGUUUUGUUUUGUUUUGCUAACGCCACCACACUCCCCUUUGGUGACCAAUUAAGUCUGAUUCUAGUAAAUACAAAGCAGAUGGUAUUAAUGUAUUGGUGCCGUAAAGUGUCUGGCUCUGCCCCCCGUACAUUCCACCGACACCAUCCCAGCUCAAUAUAAUAAAGAAGCAAAGUGAGUCAAAGAGGUACAGCAGAAGAUAGGAAGAAGGGAAAGAGGAGAGAGAAAGAUAUAAAGAGACAGAGAACCAGAAUGGGGCAUGGGGGUUGGGUGGUCAAAGACAAACAUGUUUUCUGCAGCUGGGAGAACGAGAUGUUAAGAUCAAAAGCCCACUUCACAUUC